AAAAGUUAAGGGAACGGACUCGGACUGGCUAUGUUGCGAAAUCAAUUUUUCUAAUUCGUGGAUUCGGCAACAAGAAGUUGAGUUUGUGGAAUUAGGCAUACUAGUGAUUUUGUAUCUGAAAGGAAAAGUGCCAGAGCGCAAGGAUGGCUGUGUCGGUCUCAAGGGACCUGUCAGUGAGCGUGACCACGGACAUCAACUCGGAUAAACUGACCGACAAACAGCAGGCUCUGCGCGAGAGCAUCCAGAAAGGCGAGCCGAAGGCUUUGGGGGUGUCCCAGAUAAUGAUUGGGUUGAUGGUGAUGUCCUACUCCAUCCCCCUCCUCUCCACUGAGUUCACAGAGGUCGUGACCUUUGGGGUGCCAUGGUGGAGUGGCCUAUCGUUCAUAGCAGCAGGAGUCGUUGCCAUAGUGAUGGAGAAACACAGCAGUAUGAAAUCGCUGGGUGUGUGUAUGGUGGUGACACUGGUGGCCAUUUUGGUUUCUCUCCUGGCCCUCAUCAUCUACUUCAUUGAUCUCCACAACAACCCAGAGGCACCGUGUAACCACCCCCUGGUCCCCGCAAUGCACGACAGGCAGGAGUAUGAAUGUAACCACCAGCACUAUGCCACUGUGUUCAGUUAUGGAGUAAAGUCGUCCCUCCUUCUCUUUACCAUCAUCCAGAUCACCAUCUCCUCAACGCUCUCUUACAUCCUGUACAAAAAGAGGAGGAGUUUCGGACCAUACUCAUCUCUCAAUCAAGAUGUUCCCUCGACUCCCAUACUGGUCACUGCCCCCGACUUCAACUGACCAAUAACAGCUGCAGAAAGACUUUAACUGACCAAUCACAUCUACAGACAGAUUUCCACCAAUUCCCCUGUUAUGAUACUGAUGAUUUGUCCGCCACUGAUGGUUUGUUUAAGUUUCUACCAUUGUGGCUUUAUGUUAAGUCUUUGAAUGUGUAACGUGAAGCUGUGGAAUUGAUUUGGAUGUGAUUCCAUAGUAUGCAGUGUUUUACUACCAUGCAGUGUUAAAUAAUGGUUUCAUUGUCCCUAAAUUCCUCAUUUGUUUUGUAUAUUAUCACCUAAAUAAAAUCAAUUUUAUCAAAAAUA